GUAGAAAUUAUAGAUUUUUUAUCAAAACUAAAUAAAAUUUUAUGCAAUAUUGAACAACUACCAAUUCCUGUUAUCGCCGCUUUAGAUGGCAUUGCCCUGGGUGGUGGCCUAGAAAUGUCGUUAUCUUGUGAUAUUAGAGUGGCCUCAAAGAGUACAAAAAUUGGUUUGGUUGAAACCAAACUGGGUAUCAUUCCGGGGGCAGGGGGUACUCAAAGGCUCUCUAGGAUAGUUGGUCCUGCUGUUGCCAAAGAACUUAUUUAUACAGGAAGGAUUGUAGAUGGGACACAAGCGUAUAAUUUAGGCAUUGUAAAUCAUAUCGUUGAUCAAAACGAAAAUGAAGAUGCCGCGUAUCAAAAAUCUCUACAAAUAGCAAAUGAAAUUGCCUCUAAUGGUCCAAUAGCUGUUAAAUUGGCAAAACGUGCGAUAAAUAUCGGCUUACAAGUUGACUUGAGUUCAGGUUUGGAAAUUGAAAAGGCUCUUUAUGCUCAAUUGUUACCCACGAAGGAUAGGAUUGAAGGAUACUCCGCAUUUUUGGAAAAGAGACAACCGAAAUAUACUGGGGAAUAAAAAAUUUUAAAUUCGGAA